AAGUGUAGCCCACUUGUCUUCGUCGUUCUCUUCGACUUAGUGGUGUGUACUGCUGAAAUUUUCCGAAAAAGAAAAUCUUGUUAAAAUUUCGCGUAAUAAGUGCGUGUAUAACGAUUUUUUGAUUAAAUACGCACAAAGAGCAUUUUUCGUCGUCAAAAAAAUGUAUUGGCUUUGAUGGCGGUAAAUCAGCAGAUCUGUGAAACAACAUCGAAUAAGAACGUAAUUGAGCCAGUGUGAGUGGUGAAAAUCAUCGAGCAGUGUGUGAAAAGAAAAUCAGUGCUGAACAGUGCCUGCAAACCACCCACCCGCCUCCCAAAUAUUAAAAUAAUAAUCGAAUGAGGGUCUGACGACGACAAACUGUUUUUGCCAUUUCUUGCCAACGAAGAAAAAUAUAAACGCGUCACCACAUUCGCGUUGAUAGUGUAGGCUUUAAAUACCAAAAUCUUGCGAUCAAACAAACAAAAACAGCAAAUAAUUGUCCAAAGAAGGUGUUUGGAGGGUAUACAAUAAUUCGGAGAAAACUUAAGCAAAAAUAGUUCCAUCAUUAGCUUGACAAAACAACUACGUUUAACACGCAAUUGCAAAAACAAUCUGGUAGUGAUUUGCCUAAAUUAGUGGUGUAUAAAAACGUUAGGAAAAACGGGAAAUCCAACAACAGCUGCGUCGCCAGCGACGUACCAACUGACCACAACAAACAGACAACAGCAAAAAGGUUUUAAUUGUUAGCAACGUAUUCCAUAGAGCGUGCGGUCUUAACGAGGGGAUUUAAUACUACAAACGUUGGCGUGAACGCGUCAUGUCCGACAUCAUGAAUAUCGACAGCAUUAUUUCAAGAUUAUUAGAAGUGCGUGGAGCACGACCUGGCAAAAAUGUACAACUAUCAGAGAGUGAAAUUCGAGGCCUAUGCCUGAAGUCACGCGAAAUAUUCCUAUCGCAACCGAUUCUCUUGGAAUUAGAAGCCCCGUUGAAAAUAUGCGGCGACAUUCACGGCCAAUACUACGAUCUGCUGCGUCUCUUUGAAUAUGGUGGCUUCCCGCCAGAAUCAAAUUAUCUAUUUUUGGGGGACUAUGUGGAUCGUGGCAAGCAAUCACUGGAGACUAUUUGCCUGUUGUUGGCUUACAAAAUAAAGUAUUCGGAGAAUUUUUUCUUGCUGCGUGGCAAUCACGAAUGUGCCAGCAUAAACAGAAUUUAUGGCUUUUACGAUGAGUGCAAGCGCCGAUAUACAAUUAAGCUGUGGAAAACGUUUACAGAUUGUUUUAAUUGUUUACCUGUGGCGGCUAUUGUUGACGAAAAGAUUUUCUGCUGUCACGGCGGUCUCAGUCCUGAUUUAUCAUCCAUGGAGCAAAUAAGACGCAUAAUGCGUCCCACAGACGUGCCCGACCAGGGGUUGCUAUGUGAUCUCUUAUGGUCAGAUCCCGAUAAGGAUACAAUGGGUUGGGGUGAGAAUGAUCGUGGUGUGAGUUUCACAUUUGGCGCUGAGGUUGUUGGGAAAUUUUUGCAAAAGCAUGAUUUCGAUUUGAUUUGUCGCGCGCAUCAAGUUGUCGAGGAUGGUUAUGAGUUCUUUGCAAAGCGACAAUUGGUCACACUGUUCUCCGCACCAAACUACUGUGGUGAAUUUGACAAUGCAGGUGCAAUGAUGUCCGUGGAUGAUACACUAAUGUGUUCCUUCCAAAUAUUGAAACCGGCUGAUAAGCGUCGGUUUGUCUAUCCGAAUUUCGGCAGCUCAGGGCGUCCAUUGACUCCACCACGUGGGGCCAACAACAAAAAUAAAAAGAAAUAAACGCAUGCUCCAUCCAAAACAAAGAAAGGAGUUGUGCAAAAGUAGCAAAUUCAAGUUGAAGCAUAAAGAUACAAAAAGCGAUAUGAGUGAAAUCGAAUAUACGGAAAAAUGUGAAAAGACGAAAGAAAAAAACGAAGAAAUGAGGAGAUGUAAAAAUAAAACAAAGCACUACACUGCAAAAGCAAACAUUUACAAAAAAAGGAGCAAAAACGUAAAGAAAACAUAAAAAGUUAAUUGGAAAUACGCAGCGGCCACACAAAACCACUUUCUGUGCAUACUUACAUAACAUAUACCCCACAUACACCGCCACAUCUAUAGAAAACAGCAUCACAUACACGAAAAAAAUUGGUUGUAAAUUAGCAUAUUUUUGCACUUAAAUCAAUGCACUCUGUUUUUAAGUAUAUUAUUUUAUUUAAUUUUAAUAUCAUUGUUUACGUUAUAUACAUAUAUAUGUAAAGAUUCGCAGUCCUAUUUUGAAAUUGGCUGAAACAAAAAUUUGCUGUUAAAAAUCGUUCAGCUGCAAUUUGUUCCAAAGCUAUGUUAAGUUGUCAGUUGAAGAAGGCUGAUAUUUCAAGCAAAAAAUAUUCUAUGUGUAACAGCUGCCAAAAAAGCCUUUUGAACGGUUUGUGCACUGUCGAUGGCAGCAUAGCGAUUCUUCAACACAUAUUUGUCAAAAAUUUCGGACAGUAUCGAAAUAGGGUUGUGAAUGGCUAUUUUUCGGUUUAUAUUUGUUUAGUACAAGCAAAAUGUGUAGUUUUGUAUACAAAUGCAAUAUGGAAGAUAUUAAGCGCAAACAACAACAUACAAAUACAUAGGUAUAUUUUUUUUAAUUUUUAGUAAUGGGAAACAUUUUCGUAAUGGUGAAAAAAAUAAAAAUAACAAAUCAUAAGGGCUAGAAUUAAAAAAAAAAAAUUGCAAAUUUGCAAAAAAGCAAGUUUAUAAAUGUUCCUUUUCUUCUGAACCAUAACUAAGCACCUUUGUUUCUGUACUAUGCAGUACAGAAUUGAAUUCGAUUCUAUGUCACUCAGAUUUAUGUAAAAAAAUUAUUUUCGAUUGGAACUAUUCCUCUUUGCUAAAACAAAAAUCACAUCCCACCCAUUUAUCUAGCCAAUUUCCCAUCUCAAGUAAACCAUAAAUCCUUACAUGCAUAUACAAUCAUUCUUAAAUCUAUUAUGGAAAAUAUUUUCGCGCUACUACCAAAAAUAUUUAGUUUGUGAAAACUAUUCACUUGCAGCUCUAUUUUGCACAGGUUUUGUUUCCAAGAAAUGCUUUACUUCUAUUUUAUUUAGAAAAAGAAAAAAUGUUUGUAACCGUUGCCGGAUAGGGCUGCUAGAGUUUAUUUUACUACAUUUAAAAUAAGUUGCAUGCCCACAUUGUUUUGUUAUUGUAAAUUUUGCACAUUCAUAACACAAUGGAAACACCCACAAAAAGAGAGAAAAAAAAAACAAAAACAAAAAAGAGUAAGAACAAAAUAACUGCA